AUGGCUAACCCUAACCCGGCGACAUGUUGUGGCGGCGGCGCGGGCGGCGGCCGUGGCGAAGGCAAUGACCAUGGGGAUGCGGCCUUCGGCGCCUGCAGCGCAGGGGGAGGCGGGGGAUCUGACGGCCGCGGCGGCACGGGCAGCAGAGCCGACAGCGGCCGAGGUGCAUGCGACGGCCGCGGCGAUGCGGCCUUCGGCGCCUGCAGCGCAGGGGGCGGUGGGGGAUCUGACAGCCGCAGUGGCGUGGGCAGUGGACCCGGCGGCGGCCGCGACGGAUGCGAUGGCCGCGGUGGCGCGACCUUCGGCGCCUGCAGCGCAGGGGGUGGCAGGGGAUUCGACGGCCCAGGUGGGGGCUGCAAUGGCGGGCUCUAUGGCGUGGGCUGCGACAGCGGAGGUAGUGCAACCUGCGACGGCGGUGAUGCGAUCCCCAAUGGCAAUGGCGACGUGACCCAUGGCAGCGGCGGUGGGGGCAGAUUUCGUGGUUCUGCAUCGGGUGGCAGCAGCGGCCUACAUGGAUCUGUGUCAGGCGGCAACGACGAGCUUGGUGGUGGCGCAGCUGAGGGCUCCUUCGAUGUCGAUGGCGCAUCGAUGGCCGAUCACCCCGCAUUCCACCGUGGACAUGGAAUGGACGGAUUCGUGGCAGAGCUGACAAGGGUGUCCUUCACGGCAGACUACCCUUACAAAUCGGAGUACAUCACGAUCCACCCCUGCUUUCUAACCUGGAAGUGGAAGGAGCUGGAGGAUCGUAUGGUGAACACUCUCAACGGCACCCGUGACAACGACAACACCAGCACCGAUGGACUUCCCCCACCUCCUCCACCUGAGAACCCGUCACUCGCCCAGAUCCUCACCAGCCAGAUGCAAAUGCUAACACUCAUGAUGCAGCAGAUGCAACAGCAGCAACAGCAGGACCAACAGGUGAUACAAGAGCUUGUGAAUCAGAAUCAGAACAACCAGCAGCAUGGGCCACCCCGGUGCAAUCCAAGUUGCCGGAGUUCCUCCGUGUCCGUCCACUGA